CAUAUAAAAUCAAAAACCCUUUUCUCACGCUUUCUCUUUCAGUCUCUCUCCUUCACUGACUCACUCCCCAACUCAGUAUUCAAAGCCUUCACUCACUCACCAACUCAUUUUCUCUUUUCUUUCUGUCUAAAAAGGAAAAACAAUGGAAGAAGAAGAUCAGCAAAAGGUCUUAGAUCUAGUCAAGGAGCUAGUUCACCGUUUACUCUCCCAAAACCCUAAUUCUAAAACCCCAAAUUCAAACCCUAACUCCAACUCCAAUUCACUCGAUUUCCAGAACGCUCUUCGCUACACUAUUCGUAUCCUCUCCAGCAGAUUAACCCCCUCCAUUGCGCCUGAUGCUGCUGCAAUCGCUGAAUCUAUCAAGCGUCGCCUUGCCACUCAAGGUAAGUCAUCGCAGGCUCUUACUUUCGCUGAUCUUUAUACCAAAUUCGCUUCGAAAACUGGGCCGGGUAGUAUUAAUAACAAAUGGGCAGUGCUUUACUUGCUUAAAAUCAUUUCUGAUGAUAGGAAAACUGGAAAAAAUGGACCCAAUUCGAUGCCUUUGUUGCCUAAUUUAGCUUUAAAUGACCCUGAUUUAAACAAUGAUUCGCGGGUUCUUUAUAAGUCAAAGAGAGGAGAAAAGAGUUGGGAUAAUGGCGUUUUAUUGGUUUCUAAAGAUCCAGAGAAUUUGCGUGAGAUUGCAUUUAAGGAGUAUGUGAAUUUGGUAAGAGAAGAAAAUGCGGUGUCUGAGGAGGUUUUGGUAAGAGAUGUGUUAUAUGCUUGCCAAGGUAUUGAUGGGAAGUAUGUGAUAUUUGAUGCAAAUGUUGACGGUUAUGUCUUGCCGGAUACCUUUAAUGUUUCCAGAUCUACUAGGCUUAUUGUCAGGAAGCUUUGUGAGUUGGGGUGGUUGUUCAGGAAGGUUAAAGGGUAUAUUUCAGAGAGUAUGGAUCGGUUUUCGGCUGAAGAUGUAGGCACUGUAGGACAGGCAUUCUGUGCUGCAUUGCAGGAUGAGCUCUCAGAAUAUUAUAAGUUGUUGGCUGUGCUCGAAGCACAGGCAAUGAAUCCUAUUCCAUUGGUUUCAGAGGCGGCUAGUUCUGGGAAUUAUUUGUCAUUGAGGAGAUUGUCAGUUUGGUUUGCAGAACCAAUGGUGAAAAUGAGAUUAAUGGCUGUUUUGGUUGAUAAGUGUAGAGUUUUAAGGGGUGGGGCAAUGGCUGGGGCUAUACAUUUGCAUGCCCAGCAUGGUGAUCCACUUGUUCACGAGUUUAUGAGGAGUUUACUUCAGCGUGUAUGUUCUCCACUCUUUGAAAUGGUUAGGAGUUGGGUUUUGGAAGGAGAGUUGGAGGACAUUUUUGCUGAGUUCUUUAUUGUGGGUCAGCCUGUGAAAGCUGAGUCACUAUGGAGGGAAGGUUAUCGACUGUAUGCUGGUAUGCUUCCUACAUUUAUUUCGCAAUCUCUUGCUCAGCGUAUCUUAAGGACUGGGAAAUCAAUAAAUUUUCUUCGUGUUUGUUGCGAUGAUCGUGGCUGGGCUGAUGCUGCAACAGAGGCUGCUGCUGCUGCUGGUACCACAACUAGAAGAGGAAGUCUUGGAUAUGGUGAAACUAAUGCACUUGAAACUCUGGUUGAUGAAGCAGCAAAGAGAAUAGAUAAGCAUCUUUUGGAUGUUAUGUACACGAGAUAUAAGUUCAAAGAGCAUUGUCUUGCAAUUAAGCGCUAUUUACUACUAGGCCAAGGUGAUUUUGUUCAGUAUCUAAUGGAUAUUGUUGGACCGGAACUUUCUGAGCCUGCUAAUACCAUUAGCUCAUUCAAGCUAGCUGGGUUGCUGGAAAGUGCAAUUCGAUCGUCCAAUGCUCAGUACGAUGACAGAGACAUUUUAGAUAGAUUGAGGGUCAAGCUGAUGCCACAUGGCUCUGGAGAUAGGGGCUGGGAUGUAUUCUCAUUGGAAUAUGAUGCUAGAGUUCCGCUUGAUACGGUGUUUACAGAGUCUGUUAUGGCAAGGUAUUUCAGAAUUUUUAAUUUUCUAUGGAAGCUGAGACGAGUAGAGCAUGCACUUAUCGGUGCUUGGAAGACAAUGAAACCAAAUUUUACUUCUCAUCCUUUCACUAAGCUGCAGGGUGCGGUUAAGUUGCAAUUACUUUCAACAUUGAGGCGUUGUCAGGUUCUUUGGGAUGAGAUGAACCACUUUGUUACAAACUUGCAAUAUUAUAUAAUGUUUGAAGUCUUGGAGGUGUCAUGGUCUAAUUUUUCCAAUGAAAUGGAAGUAGCAAAGGAUCUUGAUGAUCUACUUGCGGCCCAUGAGAAGUACCUCCAUUCAAUUGUGGAAAAAUCUCUUCUUGGUGAAUGUUCGAAACCUCUUUACAAGUCGCUAUUUGUCUUGUUUGACCUUAUACUAUGUUUCAGAAGUCAUGCAGAUCGGUUAUAUGAAGGCAUUCAUGAAUUGCAAGCAAGAACAACUUCUUCUUUACCUUCUCAAGAUAAGAACAAAUCUAGAAAGCAGACAAGAGAUAAAUCUUCAGAACCUGGAUCAUGGAUUAAUGAUGGCAGGAAGGCCCUAACACUACGUGCUGGGGAAUUUCUUCGAAAUAUGGGGCAGGAACUGGAUUCUGUAGCAAAGGAAUAUACAACAUUGCUAGAAGGAUUCCUAUCUCAAUUGCCUGUGCAGCAACAUGUUGAUUUGAAGUUCCUCCUGUUCCGGCUUGACUUCACGGAAUUUUAUAGUCAGCUACAUCCUAUCAAAUAAAAAGUUAGGAAAAAUCAGCUGAUACGUUUAGGUCAAAACAAGAUUUGAAAUUCAAGGCAUCAAAAGAAUGCUUCAGUUUGACUAAUUGCUCAUUGUCUCGUGACAACAAUUUGCAGUUCAUUGUUCACAUCUGGACAACCUGUUUGUAUUUUAUUGCUUGAUUUUAGAUGGUUUGUAGUCCUUUCUGGUGGCUUGCACGAAAGUUUGCGAUCAUGUUGAAGGGAUGAUUUUAAGCUCAUAAAUAUAUUUUCUUUUGAAUGAAUCCAUGGGAAAAAGGCUCCAGCUUUCCUCAUAGAUAUAUUCUCAGUGAAGGAGCAGCCGAGGCCAGUGCAAUUUAGGCUGCAUUUUUAUCUUGUCAACAGAGAAUGUUCUCUGGGUUGACAACCUUUUUGCGCUUUGUUCAAAAUUAUACAGGACCAUAACUUGUUUCAGUAAAGGAACAAACUUUCCCCCCUCCUCUAAAACUGGUCUGGAGGCCGGCAGCUUUUCAGGCUCUUUAUAAUCAAGACGAGGAGCAAAAUCAACAGCUUUUUAGGCUCUUUAUAACCAAGAGGAGGAGCAAAAUCAACCUUGCAAUUCGUAUCAAGGAUGCAAACAGCAGAAGAAGGCUUAGUUUCGACUAUAUCAAUGAAAAAACUCUUAUUAUUAUAAUUAAUGACAAUUGUAUUUCCAUUAGUGAGGCAAAAGAGCUUAGAGAGCUCCUUCUAGUGCAGCUUUAGGGUUAAGAAUCCCUGAAAAACCAACAGAAUGUGGUUGCAGCUUUAUGUAAGUAGUCUUUUCAAGACUAACACUUUUCAGAUUAAGCAGUUCACCUUCUUGUAGUUGAAAA